AUGCGUUUCUCAAUCCCCGCGGUCCUUGUGGGGGUUUUUAUAGAAAAUUGCCUAGGCGGCGCUCUCCAGGUCAUCGAUGAGGACCAUGAGUGUAAAAUAUACUCUAGCGAUCACCAUGACUGCUUCGGCUAUUCUGCAUCAUUUGCAAAACUAAACAGGGACGAUUGUUCAGAAAUGAGCCAGGUCGUGAAUGGCACACGCAUAGAGUACUCUUAUAUUGAUGUCGCGGCAUGUGGCCAGGCGAACGGCAUUAAUGUUGCUUGGAUCCUCGUCAACCAGACCGGAGAAGUCACCUUCUUUAAUAAGAACGGCGACAAAGCUGAAUGUCUGCUCGAUAAUGGGCUCAAGACUGGCAGCUUGUGCAACACGUCUGAUCCUGAGCCCCUGACCAGCACAAGCGCAAGCCCGUCUUCGAGCGCUCCCGCGACUUCGACGCCUUCUUCGUCGUCCAUUGUUUCCAACUCCUCGGACACUGGGUCAUCUAUGUCAACCUGUUCGUGCGCAUAG